AUGGGAGAACACAUAUCAUUGGACGAGCAGUACCCAUUGCCUAACUCCGCUUCGGCGGAGAGUUCCGCGCCAGCCAAACGCCGGAAGCUACGCAAGGGAACGGCCUCUUGCUGGGCGUGUAAGCGACGGAAAGCGAAAUGCGUCUUCUCUGAUGAUCUCGGUAUUUGUGACUCAUGCAAGAGGCGUGGUACAGACUGUGUGAGCCAGGAAUCUGAGAGGCCGCCCGAAGUUGGAAGCAAUAAACACAUCGUGGAUCGGCUUGGGGAAGUUGAAGCCUUGGUACAGCAUCUUCUCAAGAAUGCACAAUCCGACAAGCAAUCCCGAAAUGGCUUGGUUUCGCCCUCGAUGUCGGUAUCGAGAAGACAAAGCGAGGAUGGUCAUAGAGUUUCGAAGUCACCCGCGGCCGUUAACACCAAUGCCGCUUCAACAGAUGAUGCUUCCCUCUCGAUACACCCCAUAGAGCUUACACCACAGCACGAGAGAUCACCACCAUCUCACAUUCCCGAUGAUCCAGGACCCCACGAUGCUGUGUACCAAGCCCUAAUAUCUGCUUGGCCAAGCGCAGAAGACAUGAAAAUAAUUAUGAGCGUCCCGGUGGAGUCCUCGCAGAUCAUCAGAGCGAUGACAUGCGCACCGCCAAAGGAACGCGGCUCAAGGCUCCCAUCUCCGUCGAGCUUGCUUCGCUUGCCACCACGAGGAGCUCAUCCUGUUCUCGUCGCUAGGAAAAUGCUCGUACUCUCCACCUUUCUCCAAGGUACUCUCAUCUCGUCUGAAAAGUACCUUGAAAAUCUAAGCACAAGUUACGAGAACAUAAUGGCACGGAUUGUCAAAGUCGCGCAUGAUCUUGUCACCUGCAACGAUGAUUUAGUGUCGUCACUCGAAGGCAUAGAAUGCAUCAUGCUCGAGGCUCUUUAUGAGAACUACGCAGGCAAUCUUCGCCGAUCGUGGCUUGCGGCACGCCGUGCUGUCAUGAUAGCCCAGGUUUUGGGCCUCAACGAAGGCAUUAUUCCAUCUUCGGUAAGAGGAGCCACCGUUGAACCAGACGAUCUAUGGUUCCGUGUGAUCAACCUCGAUCGAUAUCUUUGUUUGAUGCUAGGUCUGCCCCAGAGUGCGCCUGACGAAACAGUUGGCAACCUCGAUGCACCUGACUCCUACUCUGCAAAUCGGAAGAUGCAACAUCUCUGCUCAAUUGCGUGCGCCCGUCUUUUGAGUAGAAGAUCAUCAGGUGUUUUUGAUCAAUCGCUGACGAGAGAAGUUGAUAAGCUGCUGCGAGAUGCAUGUACAUCUAUGCCAGCCCAGUGGUGGAUCAUGCCCAAUUUGUCCUCCCACUAUGACCUCCCCGAUAAAAUCCGCGAGACUCUUCGCUUCAAUGAUCAUUUCAUGCAGUACCACCUUCUCUUACAGCUCCAUAUGCCCUAUCUAUUGAAAGUCGAUGGGGGAGAAGAGUGGAAGUACAACAAGUUGACGGCUGUAACAGCAAGUCGAGAAAUCCUCUCGCGUUUCGUCUCCAUCCGCUCAAUUCCUCAGUCACGAUAUCACUGCCGCGGAACAGAUUUAAUUGCCUUCAUGUCGUGUACAGCCUUAACCAUUGCUCACAUUCUUUGCGAUGAACGUCACAAGCGGAUCGAGGAGCAAGGCUUUCACUUUCUGACUCAACAGCGGUUGAGUGAUCGUGGGCUUAUUGAACAAGUACUCAAAAUAGCACAAGACGGAGUGCGUAAAACGAGUGACGAUAUUUCUCGGAGAUUAAUGACCCUACUACACUAUCUUCUGGCAAUUGAGGACAACGUUACAGCUGGCGUACGUUAUAGUGUUUCUUUUGCCGAAGAGUCGGUGAGGGAUGGGAAUUUGGGGCAUCAUGUCAAAGCCAGUGACGAUGGAACAGCUCUUGACAUUCAUCUGCCCAAUCUGCCCGUGAUCAAGAUUCUGAGGCGCGAUCCUUAUGGAACGGAAAAGCCACCUAUCACAAUGGAAGUCCCUUGGGGCAAUAUAGCACUGGAUCGGCCGGGGCCGGGGAACGCCCUGGAAGAUGGCACUUUGGCUAAUCUUAUACCUUCUUCAUCAAGAGAUGAAGGAGGUGUUGGAACCGAACCAGAUAGGCCGCCUUCUUUACAAGAUAUCCCAGUGGCAGAUUCCUGGACAUUAGAGGGCUUGGAUAUGAGCUUUCUUGAUAAUUGGGUGGAAGGGCCAGUGUUUAUCUGA